GAAGAUUAUGAAGCAGCAGUCUACAUCAGCAUCUCUGGCAUACUCAUCUGGAUGUAUACAUGGCAUCACCGUGGCGCCCAAUGUCUCUCGCGCUAUUUUCUUUUCUUUUUCUGCUGAUAUCCUCGUCUCACGAGCAGCUGUCUACCUUUGUGGAAGGGAGUUCAGAUGACAGACCAUCCCAAGACAUCAGACUUCAAGAAAAUGGGGUUGAUGGUGAUAGUUCUGUGUUUGCGGCUGAAGCGCGGCUCAGACGAACUCUGCAGCCAUACGGAUGGCAGCUACACGCUCCUCCACACAGGAAGUUGCUUCAGUAUGCAGGACUGUUACCGUACUCACCUCUAAGCGUGGCUUACAACGGAAAAACCUGCAUCCUCUUCAGAGCGCGCAAACUGGCCAUCCGGUACAGAAAUCACAGUUUAGUGGAUCUGACGGAGAGAACAUUUGGCCCAGAUGCACCAGUUGACACCAAAGGCUCAUUCUGCAGUAAAGAUAAAGCCAUACUUAAUCUACGAUUUGGCGAUGUGGAAGAUCUUCGAGGACUCACCAUCAGGCUACAAAUGUCAAACACGUUCUACGAGUCGGCAGGGCAGAACUGGUUCAAUCUCGAUAAUGUUCACAUCCACUAUAAUUGGACGUACGAGGCCACGUUCAAUGCAACAGAUGUGUACGCCCCCUCUACCAACUCGUAUCACUGCCAACAUGUGAGCAGCCUGCAGAAAUACGACACGCUGCUGGUGCCCAGCGCCAACACGGACCAUGCUGCAAACUGGCACAUCACAUUCACAGAUUUCCAGAUCCAGGCGUUUAAUGUUCAGUCCAGUAAGUUUGCAUCGGCCAGCGACUGUGCGACCUUCUUCACUCCCGCGAUCCUGAUGGGUCUGAUUACAUCUCUGAUCCUGCUGCUGGUGCUGGCGUAUGCGCUGCACAUGGUGGUCCAUCUGAAGCACAUCGACCGUUACGAAGAGCACAAGACCACCGUCUACUUCCCUCGCAGCACAGAAGCCGAGUGCACAGACAAGAACAACCUCUAGGGUCCCAUCAAAGGUCACGAGAUGGACAGUUCCCUGACUGUGAGUUCUGGAACUAAAAACACUAGCAUUCAAUAGCAGACUUCCAACUGCACGUGGGAAACAGAGCUGUUUGGGACUGACUGCACCACGGCAGUGACAUCAUUGUGGUGGGACAGUGGAAGUCCAAAUAAGGUUCCUUAAGGAGAAUACAGGCUCAGUAGAAAGGGAGGAUUUGGAGAUAUCUGACAGUUCUCACCAAAAACCUAGGAAUUAAACAUUCAGUGUCAGGUUUUCUGAAGGAGAUCUUCAGAUUUUGGAAUGAAAUUCUAAAUAGCACAAUAACCACUAUAUAGCAUUUGCAUUGUCUGUCUAAGCUUCUUUUGGACUGAUUGAUGCUUCUUUAAAGUCAACAUGAGACUUCCAUAAUGUGACCAUAAUAUUUCAUUCAAAGUCAUUUUGUGAAACACAACGAGACUUAAUUACAUCCAUUGGGAAUUACAUGCACCGAUGAAUCGUUGACAGUAAGGCAGGAACAUGCAUUAACAAUAUAAAUAAGGUCAAUUUUGAUUUCAUGUUGACUAUAACGCUACUGUAACUGUGAAUAAACCAUUAUGAUGUAAUAUAGUUUUCAUUUGCCAAUUAUAGUUAGUUGCGAUCAGGUGUUUAGCAAAGUAAAAAUGUCAUGGAUUUUCAAUUGGAUGAAAAUGUUGAAUUACUAAAAAGAAUACAUUUCCUCCAUUAUUAAAAGGUACACUAUUGAACUUAAACUCUAAUGAUUAAUAAAACAUAUUGAGUAAUGGUUUUUCUACAGCGGGUAACCAGCAAAUACAAUGUAUCAUUUUUAACACUUUUUUCCCUUAAAGAUCUGCAAAAAAUGAGGAAUAACUUUUAUUCAUUUAUUCACUAAUAUUAAUUUUAGAGGAUGUAUUUUGAAAAUAAUCUUGUUAUGGUAUUUUUGUGUAGAUUGUAUGUCUGGUUUUGUAACUUUUUAUUUUCUUUUUUAUUAGUCUCUUGCGUAUGCUUUGACUGUGGUGAGGAUGCCAACUUCUUAUUUACAACUUGUUGAGUUUUUAAUCAGCAACUAUUGAAGCAAAACAACAAUGGGAGCAACAUGACUUUUGUUGUGUAGUGAAUAUGCAGCAUGCCAGUGGCUAGAGAUAUUUUGGAUUCAAAAUAAUCUGAUUUGCAUUGUACCAUGUACUGUAUAUUGGUAAUAAUUAUAAUGUGCUAAGGGAAAAUGUUAUUUUUUAUCAUGUAAAAUAUUAAUAGCUUAACUUUGCAGGCAUUUAUGCUGAUAAAAUGGAGCGUUGUGAAAUGGGCUAUGGUGUAUUAAUGUUUGAUUAUUAUUGUCCUCUCAGUUUCUGUUGGGUUCAAUAAA